AUGGAUUUUUGGUUAAAAGACGGAAUUGCCCCCGUCUCUCACACUCUCUCUCUCUCCCGCGCGCGUCUCUCCCUCUGGUUUUCGCGACAGCCACUGUGGCCGGCCACGUUUUGGCCGGCCGUGCUCUCGUCCGGCCACCAAAGUCGACGGGGCCGGUACCAAAAUGACCGGGCCGCCGUCCUCUUCCUACCCCAGCCAGGUCUCGCCGUCAGCCGUCGAGAUUUCGCCGGAAAAUCGAAGAGAAAAGCUCCGGUUUUGACAGAAACUUCGCCGGCUUCGUUCUCCGUCGUCCGGCCACCGAUUCCGGCAAGUGAGGUAUGGUUUCUCACCUAUUUUCCGAGCUCUAGCUGCCUGUUGGGUAGGAAUUGA